UGUGAUCGGCGACCACGUCUGCAACUGCAGGGCCGCCUCUUUUGCCGCGCAGCCAAGCCAAGUCGAUGGAGCAGCUGGAAGAGACAGUGCCCCGCGAGGAGGACCUUGCUGCCGAGCCGCGCCCGCCAAUGGUUGCCGCCCCCAGUCGAGGAUGCGAAUGCGACACCACCUGUUUGGCGAUGGCGCUCGGCCUUGGCUGCUCCGUCGCCGUCUUCGUUGGCGUUGUCGUCUUCUUCUACUUCUACAACGCACAGACGAAAGACCACCCGAGGACCUGCGGUGAUGUCACGGCCUGGGGCGAGGGCUACCUCAAAGCCAAGUUCGAUUCCUGCGUGGGCUCUGGGACCUGCAGUGGCUCCAGGUGCGAAGCGGAGGAGGCCGUAACCUGCACCUCGCCGGUACCCUGGUUCGAGAGCAGGUGUCAAUGCUGCGACUGGUGCCUCCUCCGGACAAUCGCGUGUCUCAAUACAGACCAUGACCGGGGAAGCUUCCAGUACUGCCGAAAAAUUUGUGGGCACCUGUGAAUUCGUCGCCAGAGCAGCGCGAAGACAAGGAGUGCCUGUGGCUUCGCGCUGCAGUGUAUACUGCAUACGAUUACCUUGGAAAUGCGUGAAAGUGUUUUUGUCAUUGUCCUCGACGCACGGCGAGAACUAUUUGUUGUUUUUCGGGGUGGGGUUCUGCGGUAAAUAUAAUGCGUAGAUAAAACGCUUUGUUGAAGACAAUGUUUCACUGGCUUUAAG